AUGGAAAGUGUGAGUGUGUGGUGUGCACUGCUGCUCUGCUCUCUGUCAGGAGCUGAACUUGUGCCAGAGCAGCCUCAGCCCUGUCCAACAGACCUCCACGCUGUGCUGCGAGAGAUGAUCAGGAUCCAAGUUCAAGAUUCCAAACUGACAGAGCUCCAGAAGCAGACCAGUGAGCAGCUAAAGGAGCUCCAGAAGCAGACCAGUGAACAACUCAGAAGCCAGGCCACUGAGCUGAACAGUGUGAAGGCUCGCACCAACGAGACUGAAAACCAAGUGGCGUCACUUAAAAGAGAGAGAGAAGUUGGACAAGUGGCUUUCUCCGCCUCUUUAUCGGCCGCAGGCUCAGUAACCCUCGGACCAUUUAACACUCACACUAAUCUGGUGUUCAAAUAUGUGGUCUCAAACAUCGGGAAUGCCUACAACCCAAACACAGGAUUCUUCAUUGCACCGGUGCGAGGGGCCUAUCACUUUGAGUUCUACAUCGGGGCUCAUGGUUCUUCACAUGCUUCUGCAGCAGGACUAACAAAGAAUGGACAACAUAUUUUUAUUGCUUAUGAACAUCAGACAAAUGGUUACGGCAGCUCAUCUAACGGAGCCACACUGCUGCUGGAGCCUGGAGAUGUUGUGUUUCUGCGUCUUUGGUCCAAUACAAGAAUCUUUGAUAAUGACUAUCACCACAGCACUUUCAGUGGUCACCUGCUGUUCUCCAUGUGA